AUGGCGGUGAUGGAGAAGAGGGAUGUGUGUUUAAGGUUCAAUGUUGGUGUCGCCAUGGCCAUUUCUGUUGGUGGAAUUGUUUAUGCUUAUUUCACCAUCAAGAAAAUUAGGAAAAGGGCCAAUGAUCAUAAUAAGAACCCUAACCCUCCUCCAGGCAAUUCAAAGGAAAAUGAUUCAAGAAAUGACCAAACUGUUCAUGACGACGAUGACGACGACGAAGAUCUUGUUUUUCUGGAUUCGACUCUAAGGAGAGUUUACUCGCAUAAUUCGAUCGGCCGGCGAUCGUACUCCGGCGACGGCGACGGCCUAAUGUCGCCGGAUUUCGAUAACCUCAUCGACGAAUGCAACAUUGUCGUCGCCGAGUGUCGUAAGAACAGCAAUGGCAUCUCGGAGGACGAUGACGACAAGGAUCGUAUCUGCAUGCAAGAAAGGCUUGAGAUUAGGCUUCACGACAUGGAGGCGAAAAUCGACAAUUUAAAGAUCGAGUCUUUGGCGUCGUGUAAUCGGAGGCUCGAGACGCAGCUAGCCGCGUACGCGAGGCUCGUCGCGGAGCUUGAAGCCGAGAAGGCGAAAACGAGGAUGUUGCGGAAGAAGAUCAAGAUGGAUGCCGAGCGAAACAAGCACCACGACGGGAAAGCGCUCGACCACGACGAGCGGAAAGAACUCGAGGAUCGGCUGGCGGAGAUGGUCGAGGCCAAUCAAGCUUUGAAGCAAGAAAAUUCCGAGUUGCUUCAAAAACUUGACUAUGUCCAAAUGCUCGCUACCUCCGCGCUUGAAUCCGAGGAGGUGAAUGAGCUAAAAGAAGAGAGUCGAUGCAUAAAGCAACGGAAUGAGGACUUAACAAAAGAGAUCGAGCGAAUCCAAGCCGAUCGAUGGUCGGACAUCGAGGAAUUAGUGUACCUACGAUGGAUGAACACAUGUUUACGGUACGAGUUGAGAAGUUGCAAAGCCGACGUUGUCGAAAAACCGACCCCAGACCACGUCGGGAGCGCACUAAGUCCCAAAUCGGAGGACCGGGUCAAGCAACUACUCAUCGAGAACGCUUUCAAAGAAAAAGGCCCGACCGAUAUCACGGAUGUCUACUCCGAACGCGGCUCCUCCUCAUUGCACUCGUGCGUCACCGACUCUGGCGACCAAAACGAAGCCUUGCCGGCAGACUCUGCCGACAAGACGAUGAAGACAAAGGCAAAGGUAUUUUCCAAGCUUAAGAAACUGCUGACAAGAAAAGGGAAUUCUCGUAAGAAAUCGAAGCCUCUAGAAAGAGCCGUGUCCGUCGACAACAUCGCUGCCACAUACUCUGGCUCGAGCGUCGACGACGCCGUCAAGUCGUGGCGGAACUCGUCGGCGGCGAGCUCGUCGCGGCUGUCGUUCGACCUGCCGAGGACAAGCUCGAGGAGCGGUAAUAAUUCACUGAGGAACAGCGAUGUCGGCUCCACUUCGACUAUUACAAGGAUCAAUUCGCUGACGGACGAGGAAGAGACCGACUGGCCGUCGCCGGGAAUGUAUCAGCAGCAACGCCAUGACGUGAAAGAUGAGCUCCUGAAAUACGCCGAGGCUCUGAAAAACGCCCGCCCCGGCCGCCCACCGCCGCCGACGGCGGCGGCGGCGGCGGCACGGUGA